UGACCUGAUCAAGCACCGGAAGCUGCGGGAAACAUUUUUACUUCCACACUUCCCUCUCUCUGUCUCUGUCUCUGUCUGUCUGUCUCUGUCUGUCUCUCUCUCUGUCUCUCUCUCUCUCUUUUUGUCUCCAUGCGGGUCUCUCUCCCGCACCGACGCAAACACCGGGCCUUCCUGUAGCCGCCGCCCCGGCCUCUCUCUCCCUCCGGCCGGCGGAGCGUCCCAGCUGAGCCCCGCUGAGGUGGCCUGGUUCCCGGGGAGAGAUGCUGUAGAGCAGCCGGCGGAGGACAUGCUUCUUCCGGACUGAAGCAGCAGAAAGCAGCGGAGGAAAGCAGGAAGAUGUCCGGCAGGAUGCCUCUGACCACGGUGAGCGAGAGAGAGUCCGAUCAGCCAAAGACUUCAGACGGCCUCCCGGAGCCACCGGCCCCGCCCACCAAAUCAUCGAGCCGCCACAGUCUGCCGCCAUGUCGCAGCUCUGUGACGUCCGUCGCAGACGAACAGCCGCACGUUGGCAACUACCGCCUGCUGAAGACCAUCGGCAAGGGCAACUUCGCCAAAGUCAAACUGGCCAGACACACACUGACCGGCCGAGAGGUCGCCAUCAAAAUCAUCGACAAGACUCAGCUGAACCCCACCAGCCUGCAGAAGCUCUUCAGGGAGGUCAGUGUGAUGAAGAUCCUCAACCACCCAAACAUCGUGAAGUUGUUUGAGGUGAUCGAGACAGAGAAAACUCUGUACCUGGUGAUGGAGUACGCCAGCGGAGGUGAAGUCUUUGACUAUCUGGUUGCUCACGGACGAAUGAAGGAGAAGGAGGCCAGAGCCAAGUUUCGCCAGAUUGUGUCAGCAGUGGAGUACUGUCACCAGAAGAGGAUCGUGCACAGAGACCUAAAGGCCGAGAACCUUCUGCUGGACGCUGACAUGAACAUUAAAAUAGCCGACUUCGGCUUCAGUAACGAGUUCACACUGGGCAGUAAGCUGGACACCUUCUGUGGAUCUCCUCCCUACGCCGCUCCUGAACUCUUCCAGGGGAAGAAGUACGACGGGCCGGAGGUGGACGUCUGGAGUCUGGGAGUGAUUCUGUACACGCUGGUCAGCGGCUCGCUGCCGUUCGACGGACAGAACCUGAAGGAGCUGAGGGAGCGUGUUCUCAGAGGAAAGUACCGGAUUCCUUUCUACAUGUCGACUGACUGUGAGAACCUGCUGAAGAAGCUUCUGGUUCUGAACCCGGGGAAACGAGGCAGCCUGCAGCAAAUCAUGAAGGAUCGUUGGAUGAAUGUCGGCUAUGAGGACAAGGAGCUGAAAUCAUACAGCGAACCAGAACAAGACUUCAGUGACCUCAAACGCAUCGAGCUGAUGGGGACGAUGGGCUUCUCUCAGGAGGAGGUGAUGAAGGCGCUGGAGGGUCAGAAAUACAACGAGGUGACGGCAAUAUACCUGCUGCUGGGGAGGAAAUCUGCUGAGUUUGAAGGCAGUGAGUCUUUGUCCAGCAGUAACCUGGUUCAAAGGUCACGACCCAGCAGUGACCUCAACGGCUCCAGUCAGUCCCCUGCCCACUCUCGCACCGUAUCGGCCAAUCAGAAGCAGCGACGUUUCAGUGACCAUGUGGCGCCCUCUAUCCCCCCACCUGUCUCCUACACCAAGCGUUGUCAUGCCAACAGUGUAGAAAGCGACAGGAAGGACGAGCCGGCUUCACCCAUGGGAGCUCCAGACCGCAGGAGGUCAGCCACAGCCUCAGGGAGCAUAACUCGGAGGAACACGUAUGUUAAUGAGAGGACGAGUGCUGAGCGCCACUCGGCUGCUGUCUCCAACGGGAAGGACAGCAGUCUACCUGAGGUACCUGCAGCAUCCCCCUCCCCAUCGCUAGGGGUAACCGCGUCCUCGACACGCCCCCGGCACGUCAAGUCCAUGUCAGCGUCAGGACAUCCCAUGAAGUCCUGCCUGCCUCCCAUCGACGACAACGCCGAGUACCAGAGCUCCCCCCAGCAGCCUCCGUCAUCACCCUCAGCCUUCAGCGUCACCAGCAGCAGCAGCACCACGCCGGACCGAACCCGCUUCCCCCGAGGCUCCUCCAGCCGCUCCACCUUCCACGGCGCUCAGCUUCGAGACCGACGACCCGCCACCUACAACGGCCCGCCGGCCUCGCCGAGCGUGUCGCAGCACACCACCGCGUCGCUGGCCUCGCCCCGCCGGGGAACCUCCACCUCCCUCAUCGGCAAGAUCACCUCCAAGUUUGUCCGAAGGAGUUUAUCAGGUGAGCCCAAAGAGGACGGCCGGGACUCCAAGCCUCGUUCCCUGCGCUUCACCUGGAGCAUGAAGACCACAUCCUCCAUGGAGGCAGGGGACAUGAUGAAGGAGAUCCGGAGGGUUCUGGACGCCAACAACUGUGACUACGAGCAGCGCGAGCGCUACUCGCUGUUCUGUGUGCACGGCGACGCCCGGCAGGACACUCUGGUCCAGUGGGAGAUGGAGGUGUGCAAGCUGCCCCGCCUCUCGCUAAACGGCGUGCGGUUCAAAAGGAUCUCUGGCACGUCCAUCGCCUUCAAAAACAUCGCCUCCAAAGUGGCCAACGAGCUCAGGCUGUGAGCCGUUUCCCACGAUCAUCAGUAUCCUUAAACACUGCGAGGAGGAUAUCUCUGCUCCUCUUCCUCACAAAAUGAUGCCCCGCCAAGUGACGGCGGCCAUCUUGUGUUCAGCACUAUUCCUCCCCGACUGCGGUACGGCUCAGAGGAAACACCUUAUUAUACUCGACACACUAACUAUUUAAUGUAAUCACUAAAUGUUUGCCAGUGAAACCAAAUAUUAAAGCGCAGAUAUCGAGCAGGUCGUGGUUCAGUGAUUCAUCAGAACAGACAGCGAGAGCGUCAUGCUAACGUUAAAAUCCCUCCGGAGUGAGACUUCAUGUUAGUCUGUCACUGUUUACGGCACUUCUGGAAACUGAGUUUUGAAACAUCGAUGGAAGAACGUGCUUGCAAUUAUUUUUUAAUGCAUGAUUUAAUUAUUUUCUUAUCUCAAGAAAACAAAAAGUGAUUUUCUCGAUGUGAUGAGAUGAUUUAUCA